GAGAUAAUCCACAAAGAAUUCAGUGGCUAAUAUCUCAACUGAGCACUCAAUUCUCUAUGAAAGACCUAGGUUUUCUACAUCAUUUCUUGGGGAUUGAAGUUCACAAGAUUGGUACUGAUCUCUUCCUAAAUCAGCAUAGGUACAUCAUGGACUUACUCACUUGAGCCAACAUGCAUGAAUGCAAGCCUUUAGCAACACCUAUGCCAACCACAAGCCAACAUAAUUCGGCUUCAGACCAAUUAUUUCCUGAUCCCACACUCUAUAGAAGUCUUGUUGGUAGAUUGCAGUACCUCACCUUCACAGACCAGAUUUAUCCUCUAGUGUGAACUAUGUUUGUCAAUUCCUACAAGCUCCUAUUGUGGCUAAUUUCCAGCUUGUAAAAAGGAUCCUUAGGUACUUGCAAGGCACAGUUGAACUUGGCCUACGCAUCACCUCAGACAGCAGCCUUGAUCUCUAUGGUUUCUCAGAUGCUAAUUGGGCUGGUUGCCCCACCACAAGGAGAUCCACUUCAGGUUAUUGUACCUUUCUUGGUAGCAAUUGCAUCUCUUGGAGUGCUAAGAAGCAACCAACAGUUGCAAGGUCCAGUGCAGAGGCUAAAUAUAAGGCCAUGGCUUCCACAGCAGCAGAAUUAACUUGGAUUUCCACACUACUUUGAGACCUUGGGGUGCCUCUCUUCAAAACACCUAUUCUUUAUUGUGACUGCAUGAGUGCCUUAUUUAUGACUGUCAAUCUAGUUCUACAUGCUCGAACAAAGCACAUAGAACUUGAUUAUCACUAUGUAAGGGAAAGAGUGGCACUUGGAUCCUUAGAAACAAAAUUUGUCACCUCACUUGCUCAGCUUGCUGACUUGUUCACAAAACCUUUACUCAAGACUCAGUUUAAGCAGUUGCAUACCAAACUUGGCCUUUGUUUUCUACCACAGCCAAGUUGAGGGGGAAUAUAAAGAAUGAAAUCAAAACAAUCACAAUUGUGCAUCAGUCAGGGAUAUCAACACACAAUUACAGCAAUAUUGAGCCAUAUUCUCAGCAAUCCUCUCUUGUCAAGUAGUGCAUGAUCAUAGGAGUAAAUCACGUGUAUUUAAGUUUCCACUAGUUGUAUAUCUUUGUAUAGAAAUAUUUUCUUUUUAUGUAGUCUUUCCAUAGAUAGACAACAGUUUGUAUCUGUGAUAUAUAUAUGAAUACAGUCACACUCUCUUUCUCAACUCGUGAGAUAGUGUUUCUCAAAAUAUUUACAAGAGGUUAUUCGAAAAUCUCUUCCAAGAAUUAUAGUAGAUUCUUGGUUUAUUCUUGUGUUCUCGUUGUUGAUUCUGUGUGACAGUCUGUGCAAUCUUGCAGUACACUGUUCUGAGUCUCUGACUUCAUUUGCAUUCGGUGGUGUUCUUCCUUAGAGGUUAAGGGAAGCGGGAGGUACGUCACAAAUACUGUAGCUACGCAGAAAGAUCGUAUGGGACGUGGUCAAUUGUUGGAUAACAAUUAACAAGAAAUUUUGUCUAGGACAAAACUUCGCCCCUCCUCUUGUUCUAGCUGAACGUUCUUCCUCUCAUUAUUCCAACACAAUACCAUCAUAUUUAUUCGGAGACAGCUGCUGCCCCCAUCAAUCCUUUAAUUUUUUUGUCAUAUAACGAUGACGGAAACCACAUUGUUCAGGAAGAAACUGGAAGGCAAACUAGCCAUAGUCACAGGCGGUGCUAGUGGCAUUGGGGAGGCGACUGCACAUCUUUUUGCCAAGCAUGGCGCGCGUAUGGUGGUCAUUGCUGAUAUCCAAGAAGAACUAGGCCAUCAGGUUGCCAAAUCAAUUGGUUUGAACCAUUCUACAUACAUACGUUGUGACGUUACUGAUGAAGAACAGGUCAAAGCCAUGGUAGAAUGGACGGUCAAGAAUUAUGGGCAACUUGACAUCAUGUUUAGUAAUGCAGGGAUUUUUAGUAGGUCGGAUCAGACCGUACUUAACCUAGACUUGCUGGCCCUUGACCAUCUAUUUGCGAUCAAUGUACGUGGCAUGGCUGCAUGUGUAAAGCAUGCAGCACGUGUUAUGGUUGAAGGGCAUGCGAGGGGGAGCAUUGUGUGCACGGCAAGUGUAGCAGCAAAUCAGGGUUCGACCGGAUAUACUGAUUACUUUAUGUCAAAGCACGCGGUGCUUGGACUUGUUCGAUCAGCAAGCAAGCAAUUAGGGGAGCAUGGGAUUAGAGUGAACUGCGUAUCACCCUCUGCAGUUGCGACUCCACUGACAUGCAGUAUAUUGGGAAUGGAUUCAGAGCAGGUGGAGAAGGCAUAUGAGCCGCAUGCGAGCUUAAAAGGAGUUGUCCCAAAAGUGGGGCAUGUAGCGGAUGCAGUGCUCUUCCUUGCAUCUGAUGAUUCUGGAUUUGUGAAUGGGCAUAACCUGGUGGUUGAUGGCGGCUGGGUUGAUUAGGGAAUCAUGAUGAGCAUUAAUAAUUAGUCGACCUCCAAGAAUCUAAGCCACCAUAUCUAGCGUUUGGAGACGAAAAACAAAAGCUAUAGAUGAUAUUGCAUAAAAACAUAAGAAUAGAAGUGCGUAUCGAUGUUUGUAUGUAGGUGUGUACACGUGUUUUCAAACUUGGUUCUCUCCGAAAAAGAGUUAUUGUGUUCUAGAAAGUAGCUACCAUGUGAUGAGUUGCAUAUCGCAAAAUGUAUCGUCAAAUAAUAAAAAAGAAACAGUUUAGCUGCCAA